GGAAAUCUAUAGUUAAGUCCAAAAUUAUAUGUUAAAGCAACAUUUGACGUAUUUAUUCAAUCGUUCGAUUUUUAAAACUUUAACGAAAAGGCAAGUGGCUAUUUCUUUAAACCUUUAUUUUGAAGGAACAAUUACAGCGGCAUUCUCUACAUUCAACUUGAUGCUCUAUACUUCGAUUGCUGUGCAGGGCAAAUGCAACAGCGCCCCCUGCCGACGCCCACUGAUCCCUAAGCUGCUCGAGGUGCAUGUAACUGUAAACUUCUGUUGGUUCUUUUAUUUUCCGUCAUCCGCCCGAAUAUGGAUUAUGGAAUACACAAGCGGUGAGAAGAAGGAUCGUUGGAGGUUCCCAGCAGGGGUCAUUUCUGUAGGCUCCACGUGCACACCAACCAAAACAAGCAGAUUUAUUACAGAUGAUCAAGUGCCAUUUGUGAUAAGAGUUCAUUUGCGACAGUCUUGUGAGUAAUAUAUACAAUGCGUGGGGCAGACGGGAGACAUACAUAUUAGUAAACAUGUCAACAACAUACUCACAAAGUUUAUGGAGAGAAAAAAUGAACAAUAUAAAAAUAAAUAAGUUAGCAAAGACAAUACCAGGAACAUAUAUACGAAAUAAACGUAUUCAUACUAAUUGAUAACCUAUAACUCACCGCGCUCCAUCCGUCCUCCUGCGCGCGGAGCGGAAGGGGUUAAAUCCGCGCGCAGAGCGCAGUGCCGUCGGGGGAGGACAAAGGCACCCCGUCCUGUCCCUCCGCUCGCACCGUUACUCCCGCACAUUGACCCCGCGAGAGAACAAGAUGCGGACUGCGCCCGUCGUGUUUUGCGGGAUCUUGCCUCUGCACCUUUUCCUCUGCGUGCAUUCUCUUCCGCUCAGCGGGAGGUCCGAGCAGCCACAGGUAUGGCCUCAAAGCAACAGGGGGACACAUGAACAGGACGUGCUAAACAAAGAGCACCAUCUGAGGUCUCCAUCGGAGUCCAAAAAUGGCACCAGGUUCUGGCGGCGUCCUCGCUGUGGAGUUCCAGACUACUCCACCUUCAUGCAGGUUAAGGUGUUGCACCGUGACCUGAAGAAGGGAGGCCUGAGUCGAAUGCAGCGCGGGAAGCGAUUUGCUCUGUUUGGACGCCGCUGGGAGAAGACGGACCUCACUUACAAGAUUGUCCGUUUCCCCUGGCAGAUGAGUGAGGGCAAAGUGCGGCACAUACUCCAGGAGGCAUUUGGAGUGUGGGGCGCAGUGACUCCUUUGACGUUUAAAGAGGUCAACACUGAGAGAGCUGACAUUAUUAUCGACUUCAACAGAUACUGGCACGGCGACAGCUUACCCUUUGACGGCCCUGGAGGAAUCCUCGCACACGCCUUUUUUCCCAGGACUCAAAGAGAGGGCGAAGUCCACUUUGACUAUGAUGAGAAUUGGACAGUGGGGAACAUUACAGGCACUGAUCUCGCACAAGUGGCCACUCAUGAGUUUGGCCAUGUCCUUGGCCUGCAGCACUCCCUGGAGCCUGAUGCUGUGAUGUGUCCUUUCUACAGUGACUCCUACCCUCUGCAGCUCAGCGAGGAUGACAAGAGGGGCAUCCAGUAUCUAUAUGGGCCCCCUCUGCGCGCACAGCCCGACGUCACUGAGACCAAUGAGAUUGACAUGUUCGACGCCUGCAGAACAAACUUUGAUGCCGUCUCCACGUUCAGGGGAGAGCUGUUCUUCUUUAAGUCCCGGUAUGUUUGGCGUAUCCGGGAUAGGCAGCUUCAAGCUGGCUAUCCCGCCUUGGCCUCACGUCACUGGAGAGGCAUUCCCGACCGAAUCGAUGCUGCGUACGAAGACACGAAUGGCAACAUCUGGUUCUUCCAAGGUGACAGCUACUGGGUGUUUGAUGCCGAGAAGAAGAUCACAGGACCAGAUUCAGUGCGGCAGCUCGGUCUUCCUGUCACAGAUAUCCAAGCGGCUUUGAAAUGGGAUGAGGACCGUGUUGAGAAAGUCUACAUCUUCAAAUCUGCUUCCUACUGGCCCUUCGAUUCCCAAGUGAAUCGAGUGGUGGAUGUUCAUCCGCGCAGCAUGCACCAGUGGGGAGGAGUGCCCGGCCAUAUCGAUGCAGCUUUUCGAGACAUAUAUGGUUACGCUAAUUUCCUGAGUGGACUGCAAUAUUGGAAAUUUGACCCCGUGGCGUUGAAGGUGCUAGAAGGCUACCCUCGCAGCAUUGGGAUGGAUUUCUUUGGCUGUUCUGCCGGUCGCUCUUAAUAGGUUCACGUGCAUGCAUAUGCUAAACGUGUGAUUUCUCAUCUUAAUUCCCCAUAACGAGCAUUCUAGCUAUUUUGUAAAAGAUAGUCAUUAAGACGACUCAAAAAGCAUAUAAAUACAUCUAAUUCUUGCCAAAGUCACUGCCAGCUGCACCACACUUGGGUAACACUUUACAACACGGGAUACAACAUUUUGAGUAGUUACAAAAUGAGGAAAGCAAAUGAGGAACACUAGAGAUACUAACUGCCAACAAAGCAUUAGUUCAUGAGAAACUAAUAAAAGAAGGCUUGACAAUUAAUGAGGCUUUAAUGAAAUUAACCCUAACCCUAUUAUUUUAUAGUUAUUUUAAUCAGGUUAAAUUCAGGUGGUAAAAAGAAGAAACCAGAGUAAACCAGCCCACUGUGAGGACAGCAGUCGGCACAGCCUCAGGAGACACAGCAACCAGUCAAAUCCAUCCAGGACAAAUGCCAGAGCCCCGACCCCGGUGCCCCAACCCUGGUGCCCCAACCCUGGUGCCCCAACCCCAGAGCCCCGACCCCGGUGCACCAACCCCGGUGC